CAUAAAUUUAAGUUUGCGUCGAUAGUUUUUCGUCUGCCAAGCUAUACGAGUUACUUAAUACUUUUAUGUGGGCGCGGAGACGCAGGAAAUGGAGAAGACAUUCGAAGCACUUUCACAGGUCGCAGUGGGUCGACGAUCUCCGGCGGAUCCGUUCUUCUUACCGGGAGAUGCAGUAUGCAAAACAUAUAACAGGCUUGGUGUGUUUGAUAUUGAUGAUGAAGACCUGUGCCAUGAAGUUGUUUCAGAAUUCCCAUGUGGUGUCCCUGGCUGUGAUGCAAAGUUUGAGUCUCUUCUACAAUUUGAUGUGCAUUAUAGCACAGCUCAUCGGUAUAUAUGUGUGGUAUGUCGGAAGACAUUGCCAUCACCACACUUACUCGAUCUUCAUGUAUCAGAAAGUCACGAUUCCUUUUUCAGUGCUCAAGCGGAGAGGAAACCAAUGGAAAUGGAGAAGACGUUGGAAGUACUGUCGCAGAUCAAAGCAUGUCAUUGAUAUUCGAAAGUUCCGUUCUCAUCUCCUGGAGAAGCAGCGUGCAAUACAUUUACUAGGCCGUGUAUGUGUGACAUUGUUGGUGAAGAACAUUGCCGUGGCAUUGUUUCAGAAUCCUGAAUUGGAGUCCCUGGAUUUGGCACAAAGUCUGAGCUGUAGCUACAAUGUAAUGUGCUUUGUAGCACAAUUCAUAAUUCUAUCCAAGUGGUGUACAGAAAGCCAUUACCUUCUUUACACCUGCUUGAUCUCCAUGUAUCAGAAAUUCACAACUGCCUUUUCAAUGCUCAGAUGGCUUAUCCAUUAUGGGAAUUCAUCUAAGGCUUGUGAAGGCGUAUAAGGAGUCUGCCCUUUCAUUUCCAACUGUUAUGAAAAAGGAACUGAAUUCAAAUGUGGUCAUAUUUUUCAUUCUGAAAAUCCGCAUGAAGAACAUCCCAAAAGUGUAACCUUAGAUGAAGAUAUCUAGAAUGUGUCCAAUAAUAUUUUGUGUUUUUUAGUGAUGUCUUUUUCGAAGAAAGCAUAUGUUAGAUGAAGAAUGAGUCAAUCUGUAAUAGUUUAAAUUUGAGAGAGCUUUGUGCCAACCAAAAGCAGAUGAAAAACACAUAUCUCAGCAACACUAUGUGAUCAAAAAUAUGGCGACACCUGGCUGAAAAUGAUUUACAAAGUUUAUGGCACCCUCCAUUGGUAAUGCUGGAAUUCAAUAUGGGGUUUGCCCACCCUUAGCCUUGAUGGCAGCUUCCACCCUUGCAGGCAUACAUUCAAUCAGAUGCUGGAAGGUUUCUUGGGGAAUGGCAGCUCAUUCUUCACGGAGUGCUUCACUGCGUAGAGCUACCGAUGUCGGUCGGUGAGGCCUGGCACAAAGUCAGCAUUCAAAAACAUCCCAAAGGUGUUCUACAGGAUUUAGGUCAGGACUCUGUGCAGGCCUGGCCAUUACAGGGAUGUUAUUGUCAUAUAACGACUCCACCACAGGCCGUGCAUUAUGAGCAGGUGCUCGAUUGUGUUGAAAGAUGCAACCGCCAUCCCCGAAUUGCUCUUGAACAGUGGGAAGCAAGAAUGUGCUUAAAACAUCAAUGUAGGCCUGUGCUGUGAUAGUGGCACAAAAAACAAAACAACAAAAAAAAAAAAAAACCUAAGGGGUGCAAGCCCCCUACAUGAAAAACAUGACCGCACCAUAACACCACUACCUCCAAAUUUUAGUUGGCACUACACACACUGGCAGAUGAUGUUCACCAGGCAUUCGCCAUACCCACACCCUGCCACUGGAUUGCCACAUUGUGUACUGUGAUUCAUCACUCCACAUAAUGUUUUUCCACAGUUCAAUUGUCCAAUGUUUACGCUCCUUACACCAAAUGAGGCAUCGUUUGGCAUGAUGUGAGGCUUAUGAGCAGCCACUUGACUAUGAAAUCCAAGUUUUCUCACCUUCCGCCAAACUGUCAUAGUACUUGUACUUGCAGUAGAUCCUGAUGCAGUUUGGAAUUCCUGUGUGAUGGUCUGGAUAGAUAUCUGCCUAUUCAACUGUCAGCGGUCUCUGUCAGUCAACAGAUGAGGUCGACUUGUACACUUUUGUGCUGUACAUGUCCCUUCACAUUGGAAACAGUGGACCUACGGAUGUUCAGGAGUGUGGAAAUCUCCAAUACAGACGUAUGACAUACAUGACACCCAAUUACCUGACACCAUUCAAAGUCUGUGUGUUCUGCGAAGUGCCCCAUUCUGCUCUCUCACGAUGUCUAAUGACUACUGAGGUUACUGAUAUGGAGUACCUGGCAGUAGGUGGCAGCACAAUGCACCUAAUAUGAAAACAGUAUGGUUUUGGGGAUCCAGCUACUUUUGAUCACAUAGUGUAUAUUUAGACUAUGCAUAAAUCUGUUAUUGUGGGUAAGACGUGGGGAAGUUGCAUUCAUGGGCUUGAAAGGAUCUGAUCAGUGUUUUCUGAGGCAGAAAAGGAAGUCAUCUUAUUGAUCAAAAUAACUGGUGAACACUACAUCAGUCUCCUGGGACAACUAGAUGAAACAGUAUAUUAAAAGGGAUCCUAGAAUUGAAUUUUUUUUUCAUCACAAGAAUGCACCUGCCCUCACUGAUGCUUCUGGAGGAGGAAAACAGAGCAAUUUUAGAUUUGAAAUGUUGAAACACUUAUCCUGCUGCAUCCUCCAAUGUCCACCUGUUCUCAACUCAGAUGUAUUUAAUGUACCGUCAGUUCAUCUUUCGGCUUAAGAGAUGAUCUCAUCAAAAUGUAAUUAGUGUCAUUAAUGGUUAUAGAGUAUUAAUUUUCAGAUGCUCAUAUUUCAUUUCUCCAGUUUGUUAUCUUCAGUCUCAUAUUUUGUAAGUGGUGAAUAUUUUGUAAGUGGUAAACAUCCAGAAAUAAAUAAAUUAUAUAAGUUUCUUUGUAAACAA